AUGACAACAAGUAAAUAUAAAUUAUUAACUGGUUUAUCGAUUGGUCGUUUAAGAUUAUGGAAUAUUGAAAAUCUUGAAGUUAACUUAGGACAAACAAAUACUAAUGAUCCAAAUUAUAGCUUAACACUACAAGAUGAAUUUCAACUUGAUGAUGAAAUUAUUAGUGGAUCAUUUGAUAAUACAUUUAGUAUAGAUAUUGUUGGUACAUCAUGUAGAUCAUUAUGGUAUAUUUGUUGGACAACACAACGAACAAAAAUUCGUCUUGUUGUUUCACAUACAGAUCGUAUAAUGGGUGUCAUACCUAUUGAAGAUACCUAUAUAGUUACCAGUAGUGUUGAUGAUACAAUAAGAAUUUAUCAAUUAGAAGAUCGAAAUGAAAUUCUUCGUUUUGAUGCUAAUGGAUUAAUUAUUUCUGAUGGUACAUUACAUAUUUUUAAUCUUCUUCAUGGUCAAAUAGUACUUAAAUUACAUCCACAUACACCAUCUAUUACUGCCAUUAAUGUUCCACCAAAUAGUAUUGUUUUACGUGUAUUAAAUGAACAUCGUGGUAAUGCACCAACUUCAUCAUCAUUUGCACCAGAUGGAAUAACUAUACAUAAUAAUAAUAAUAAUAAUAAUUGGCAAUCAUAUCCACCAAAUUUAGCUUGUUUUAUUGAUCAUAAUUUAUUCAUGUAUAUUGGUUAUGGAAUAGAAAAAUCUAUGCAAAUAAAUAAUCUUGAUACAAAACAAAUUAUUCGUACCGUAUCAUUAAGUCAAUGGUGUUCAUGUUUUGAUAUAUCAAAUAUUAACAAUGAUGAAAAUGAAAAUCGUUUGAUAGAUUUUAUUGAUAAAAUUUCUUUGGAAUGUACUCUUAAAUUGGAUGAUUUGUUUUUUCUAUGUAUUAAUGUAGAUGAUAGUUGUCGUUUAUUUGUAUGGAAUUAA